AUGGCAGGUGAUGCUUCUGUUCUGAAGGACGAAAUUGAGAAAAUUCAAGAUGCUCUAGGUGAAGCAGACGAUGAUGAUGCUGAGUAUGACAGUGACGAGCCGACAGAGGACCAGCUCUUCUUAGAUCUCGGGUUAAGCUCAAAAGAUCGCACUUCAACCUACCGCGAUGUGUCUUCUGCUUCUACGUCUGGUUUGACUGGCACAACAUUUGAAGAAUCUAUGAUAACUGAUGAAGAUUCUAAAAGCCAAGUCUACUCUCUAACAGACAGUACAGUAGAGUCCAACACGACAGAGCUCCCAGUGGAUGUAGAGACCUGUCUAGCAUUAAACAGAGCAUACCAGGAAAUUAUUACAGAGCAUCUCGAUCAGAUCAAAAAAUCUUUACAAGAAAACAGAGAAAAACAGAGAUUGCUGGAACUGAAUCUGGAAGAAGGAAUGAAAGCGCCAAAAGAAAAUAAAUCCAAGAAGGCCAAAGAUUACACACAACCGUUCUUCUCUGAUGAAAAUGGAAUAGGUCCUCCACCAAAUGAAGAUGUUAAAAUAAAAGAUUUUCUACAAGAGAAGAAACAAGAUGUAGUUAUAAGUUCAGCUUGGACGAUCGUGGCAGAAAGACAAUUAAUCAACUCGGUGUGUAAAGAUGCCUUAAGAAAUAUCAUCCAGCCCCUGAUGAAUAAACGGGAAGUAUUAGAAAAUAAACGUCAGUUGCCAGAUUGUGAGAAUAAAGACAAGAUUAACCAGACAAUCGAGGAACUCGACAAGGAGAUCAAAAAGAAAAGUCGGACGAAGAAUGAGAAGCUACUGGAAGAAGUGGAUGUUGAAAAAAUUGACUGGAUGAGGAUAUCUACAGUUGAUUUUGGUGGAAAACGUGAUUGGUUCGAGUGUCAGAAGAUGUGGGAGACUGCCAUCGAUCCUAAAAUAAACAAAUCAACUUGGAAGAAAAGUGAGGUGAAGAAAUUAGAAGAAUUACUGGAGAAAUAUGGAACUGGACAUUGGGAACAGAUAGCAGAAGAACUUGGGACGAAGAGAUCGCCGUUUCAAGCCAUGCAGUAUUACCAAACUGAUAUUAAUGCUACUCUUAAACACAGGACAUGGCGAGGAGAAGAAGAUGACAUGUUGAAAAAAGCCUAUGAAAAAAACAAAGAUGUCCAGGCUGAUAAAGUCAGAUGGCAGAGGAUAUCGUACCUAAUGGAGGCUAGGAGUGCUGAUCAAUGUAGGAAACGAUGGAUAUCAGUUGACCCUGGAGUUAAACAUAGUAAAUGGACUCCAGAAGAAGAUGUAAGAUUAAUGCUAGCUGUGAAGCUGCUGGGAUCAAAAGACUGGACGUCUUGUAGUAAAUAUAUACCACAACGUAAUGCUUCACAAUGUCGAGAACGAUAUUGUAACUAUUUGGACCCGUCGUUAAAACUGGGAAAACCUUUUUCAUAUCAAGAGGAUAAAAGACUUCUUCAGUUGGUUAAGGAAUUUGGUGCAGGAUGCUGGUCUAAAAUGGUGCCGUACAUGCCAGGUCGUACAGACCACCAUCUUCUCACCAGAUAUAAAAAACUACAGCAAUGGAAAUCAACAGUCACUUGGUUCCAUAAACAAUCGGAUCCUGUCAAGAGGAUGUUACAAGGAUUUCCCGCGAAAAAAGGUCGAGGUAGUGAGAAACCCAAUGUGAACUGGAAGUCAUAUUAUCGUGAUUUCGGUCUACUCCCUGAUCAUUAUGAUCAACAGGAAAAAGAUAGACUAGAACAUGGAGAAGACAGUGUGGUCAUUCUACCACCAUUACUACAGUUCCCGCCUCGAGGACCGAAAUUUAAAACUCUAGUCAAGUUUAAGGACAGAUUGGCUGUGUCAAAAUAUAUUGACAAAACUUUAGAGGGAAAAGACUUAACUGAUGCUGAAAAGGAACAACAGAAGACGGAUAUUUUACUGAAGUUAGAAAUGGAGGACGACGCCUCUCAAUCUGCGUCUGUUAAAAAAUUGAUAGCCAUGGCUCGUCAGGCUCCGAAAGAAAAACAAGGAGCAAGACGAGAUAGGUGCAGUGCUAGAACCAAAGUCUAUAAAGAGUUAUGUUCGAUCGUGAAAGGACCCAAUAAGAAGCCAGGCUCUAUUGGAAGACCCAAACGUUUUUUCCCUGUACAACCUCAGGUAGAGGAAGAAGAAGAGAGGAAAGUGUCAGUAGCCAUCUUGGCUUUGAUAAAUAAGGCUCUGGCAGUGGAUGGGAAAGAAAUCUUAAAAACAGCAUCUCAAAAACCAAAAUCAUUUCAACGAGAAAAAGAUUUGGCCAUUUUGAGAGAAGUUGUAUUAAAAGAUGGAAGUUACAUAAAUUCCAAACAAGAUUUCGAAACGGAAGAAGAUUCAGCCACUCUAGUAGCACCCUCUACACCACAAUCUGGAGGCAGACGGACUCGAAAAUCUAUUGGAAGUAAGAAACAGUAUGCAAAUGAGCCUACGACGUCUGCUACACCAAUUUUAUUAGACGAUGAUAUUUCUUCCUCAUCAACAGUGCCAUCUACGCCGAAAAGACGGCCAGAGGUGACCUCUACACCAACAGAGUCCCCUUUGUCAACUUCGAUGACCUGUACACCAUCUAAAGCGCCCCCUGUUCCAAUGUCAGCAAACUCUUCUAAAUCUAAAUCUUCAUCCACUUUAGCUACAGAAUCAUCAAAUACAUCUGCUGCAGAGUCAAGGAUGCUCUCCCCUGCAACAUCUACAGCGCCACCUACACCAUCUACCUCAACUUCAACACUAAAACCCAAAAGUGUCCCACAAGAUCUUCCACUUUUGCCGCCAAAUUUGUCUAAUCUUCGCGGCUUCAAAUCCCUUCUGCUGGCACGACCUUGUUUAGUCAAACGCGCUGGAAACUGUUAUGCUAUGAUUCGAGGGAAGCACAUUAAGAAGCCAUUAGAUUCAUUUCUUAGGCCACGCCCACAGCUAUAUACACAAACAAAACCCUUACCAACAGUCGCAAAACCAACACAAAAACAGAAUCAAAAUGUAACUAAAGAGAACCAAGCAUGCUCCACGAGCCUAAAUGCACCACCGACAACAAAUACAAACUCAAAAAAUGAAGGUCUAACAUUUGAGAAGCAGACGCCAAAACGAAAUCAAACUGUAAUUAAUGAGAAAAGGGCCAGCACCUCAACCAGUGUAAAUGCGACACCAAAAUCAAGUACGAACUCAAAAAAUGAAAACCCCAAAUCGAAAGCUAAUUCUGUUCAAUCCGUACAAGUGAUAUAUGUGUAUCCUAAAUCACAAUUAGAAGAAGCCAACAUCCAAGUUCCCGAAGAUAAAAUCGUUGGAAAGUCGUCAAAGGAUGUCGAAACUGUCCACAUACAAAAAAACUUAACUUUGGAAGAGGAAGAAGGUGAGAAGAAGACUUUACUCGAUAAAAAAAAUGCCGCUAAAAAAAAGAAAAAGGCGGAAACUCUGAAACUUGCACGGAAAUCUAAAAAUAAAGAUGACAUUGUGGUUACCAAGGUAGCAGAUGAUUCUGUCGUGUGUCGAUUUUCAACAAAUUCACACCAAGAACCAUCAUCUGAAGAAAAGAUGAUGAAUUCAAUAAAAGAAUCAGAUGAUUAUAAAAAAUUACGGGCUCGAUUCCAGUCGAUAUUUACGUGGCCAGCGUUGUUAUCAUCGACUUAUUCUAGACCAAUCACUCCACAAGAUACUCAAGACCAACAAAUACUCGAGGAAUUGAAGGACAAUUUGAGCAGGAGAUAUGGUGUUUAUAGAGAUUCAGCUAGUCCUAAACCAGCAGACCAAACAGAAAUGAAACGAUCACGAUCUCGUGGACGCCCAAGAAUUCAUCCCAAACCAGGAGGAAGCACGUGUGAAGUUUCUAUAAACAAUCCAGGAUCAGAAAAUUCCAAUCCGUAUGACCCUUUUCCAUUGAAACGAAGACGGGGACGACCCCCAAAUCAACCAAAACCUGUCCCAGUUACCAUGGUAGCAUUAUCAAACAAUCCGGGUAAACAGAAUCUCAACGAUUCUUUAGACAACAGUCAGGAGGGAGAUAACUCUAAUGAAAGUGAAACUCCGGGUAAAAAGAAAAGAGGCAGACCCAAAGGAAGUAAAACUUGUGUGAAAAUUCUUGAGCCAGAAAAUCGUCGUCACUCUGCACGUCAAGAAAACAUGCCGCAACCAGAAUACAAAACAUCAAAGAAAUCUUUAGAUACUCCAGACAAAGCAAUUGAUUUCCAUAGUUACUGUUUUCAAGGAAUGAAGAUGUUGCCCAUGACCACAAAGUUUCAUCCAAAGAACUUGAAAACAGAAGGCGAAGAAGAAGAAAUAGAAGAAGCAGAAAAUUCAUCAGAAGGCAACAGUGGCACCGAAUUUGACUCCUUCAGUGUAAGAGAAAUUGUUGCCGAGACACAUGACCUUGACCAUAAAGCUGUGAGUGAGGCGUGUGGCCUUGACCCUGAAGCUGUGAAUACUGGAUCUUGUGACCUUGACCCUAAGACUUCAAAUACUCAAGCUAAUGAUAGUGUUAACGAGGAAGGCGACCUUGAACCCAUUGACAUUGAGAUUGAAUUUCAGCCAAUCAAACGCAAACGUGGACGGCCAUCGAAACCCAAAUCUGACGUUAAAGAGGAUGUUGAAGUUAGAAUCCCAGGAAAAAGAGGACGUCCGAAAAAACGAAAACUGGACAUAGUGAAGAUUGAGUUUAAUAACAGUGUAGCAAACGACAAUUCAAAUGGUCAGAAUAUUGACCAGUCAGAAUCUUCCGAGCAAACGAAUGCCAGUGAAAUGAACCAAUCAGAAUCUUCUGAGCAAACUAAUGGAAUAAACCAAUCAGAAACAAGUUCACAAGUCUUUAGGGAAGUGGUUUCUGAGACAAACCAAUCAAAUAGUGCUUUGGAUGAAUCCAACCAAUCAGAACCUUUAGUUGUGAAACUGAAAUUUAAACCUCUGACAACUGUCACGUCUGAAAAGGAAACCCACCAAUCAGAAGUUGAGGUGAAACAUGAAGCAGACGACAGUUCAAAUGUUAAAGAAACGGGCCAAUCAAACGUAGUCAAAAAUGAAGCUGGUGUCAGUUCUGACAUCAUAGAAAUGGACCAAUCAGAAAUGGGGGAUGUCGACGGAGUUGUCAUUAAACAGGAAGUUAUAAUGGAGGCAAUGGAAGACAAUUGA